CACUGCACCUCUCGUCCUCCCACCGUACUACCGCAAGUGCAAAGUAGCUCACACAUCCAUCGGCGCCAGACUACUGACUCAGAUCCUCCACCGACCACCAGACCCAGACCGAUGGCUUCUUCUUCCGUGCUGCUCGGAGGAGGCGCGGGCGCCGCCGCCUUCACCGGCGCCGCUGCCGGCAAGGCUCUUCCCAGGCCGUGCUUCCUCGCCGCUCGCCCGCACACCGCCAGCGGUGGCCGCCUCUGCCUGCAAACCCCUCCUAGAGCGACUCCUGCUAACGACGCCGUCGAGACCGUGAAGGGGGCGGCCGGGGAGGCCGGAGACAAGGUCUCGGAAGGGGUGGACAGCGUGACGAAGGCGGCCAGCGACGCGGCGGGCAAGGUACAGGAGGCGGUAGAGGGCGCCGUGGAGGGAGCCAAGGACCUGGGCGAGAAGGCGAAGCAGGCGACGGAGGAGGCGUGGGACGCCACCAAAGACGCCGCACAGGGCGUCGCCGACGACGUCACCGCCGCGGUUGAGGAUGUGAGCAAAUGAGCUCAACAUUUGCGUAUCAGAUUGAAUAUUUAACAUGCAUGAUGUGCACGCGAGUGUCUUUUGUGGGUCACGUUAUUAAUGAUGUAUGCUUUGUAUAAGAGCUACAACGUUGGUCAAAAGUUGUGCUAAAAGAGCAUCUACAACCGCA